AUGACAAAAUUCUGGGCGACUCUAUCUAAUGAUAUCUUGAACAUUUUAACAAACGGAUUAGAAGAAUUUAAUGUCGUGAUUGAAGUAGGCGAAGCUCCAAAUACUCAAACUUUUCACGCACAUUCCAUUAUACUUAGAGCUAGGUCACCAUACUUUCGUCAAGCGCUUUCUAAAAAUUGGGCUAGGAAAGAACGGGAUGUUAUAAAAUUUACUAAACCUAAUAUAAGUCCAAAAGUUUUUGAAAUAAUCUUAAAGUUUAUCUACAGCGGUACCGUGAAUUUGAUGGAUAAACCGAUGAUGGAAGCAUUAGAUCUAUUGAUAGCAACAGAUGAACUUCUAUUGACAGAACUAUCAGAUCAUGUUCAAGAAUAUUUAUUACAUUAUGAAGUGGGUUGGCUGGAAGAUAAUUUAAUAACGCUUUGGAGAAAGAUAAAUCAAUAUGAAUCGUGUAGAAAACUUCAAGAAUAUUGUUUAUCAUUAAUUUAUCUACAAGUUGAAAACAUUUUACAAUGGACAAAGGAAGACUUUGAACAAUUGGGCACGACAUUAAAAGAAUGUAUUCCAUUAAUAGGAUUUUCACAAAUCAAUUCAUCAGACUUUUUUGAUAAAGUUUGGCCAUUUAGGGAUAUUUUAACUAAGGAUACGUUAGAAGAUGUGAUGAGAUAUCAUUUGAAACCUACUACCUCGCCAAAACCUGUUGAUAAUUUAGCGAAAAGAUUACAAUUUGAUUCGGGUCUAUUGAGGCAAAGUCACGCAGCAUUAUUAUGUAGUUGGAUUGAUAGAUUAGGACAGAAACGAGGAAUGAUUGAGGAUGGUAGGCUAUGUAGGGUAAGCAGGCAUAGAAGUUGUUAUGCCAUUAGAUUUAAUGGGAGAGAUUAUGGGCCUUGCUUUGGUGAUAAGGAUUUAAGCAUGAAAGGAAAAUUUGAUCAAGAGGGAAGUUGUAGCUGUCAAAAAGAUGAUUACUUUGAUAAAGUUACUGACACGGGAAGCUUUAAAGUUGAUGAAUAUGAAGUUUUUAAGAUCGUUAAAAAAUGA